ACAGUCCUUAAUAAAUUCAGGGAAAUCGAAAUAUUAUUUAGUUUUUUCUAAAUUGUAUUAUUAUUAGAAUAUCCAAUUGGAAAAAGAGAUAUUUUAUUCAUACUCCCCUGGUCUAGUAUAUUUCUUUUCCUUUAAAAAAGGGAUUAUCUUCAAAAAGAGUUGCAACUCUGGCUGUCGAUAGAAAAAAGUUGGCCUUUCCGUUUUCUGCUUCAAAGCCGUCAGGCAUUUUGGAAUCGAUUCGUUUGUUGAAAUUUUCACUUGCUUCUGUGAGGAAUUUUAGAUCUGCAUUCGCCGCAAAUACUAGGAACAUGAUUCGCACAACAUUAUUGGCCAAAUGGAAUCGGUCGGUGGCAGGAUCACUGGUGAAUACCUGGGAUAACUCGACCUUGAAGCUGCUGAAUGGACAUUCACGUGCUGAGAUCCGCUGCUUCUCUGUUGGUGGAGGCAAUGAGGACAAACCGACGAAGAACUUGCCGCCUGGCUUCGUGGCUCCUGAGCGUCCCUCCUCCUUGGGAAAUAGCUCGGAGAAUACCACUGGAAAGGAUGUGACCAUUUCUGAGGUACAGUCGCCACCCGUUUCGAUAGUAACCUCCGGCGGAAACCUGGGCAGAGCCGAGCCCCUGGACUCCAACGCCAUUGUCCGCAGCAAGGGUUGCGAAAAGGGAUCCUCGAACGAGGAUAAGAAGACCGAGGCCCAGAAGAAGGCCAAGGAGGCGGCUGCCAAGCAGUUGCAGGACAUCAUGGCCAACAUGCCCAGCAAGCAGCAGACGGAGAAGUACUUCUUUCGCGUCGUAGCUUUCAUUUAUGACCUGAGCUACCUCACCGGCACCUGGCUAUUGAACUUUAUCGAGCACAAUGUGGUCCGAAACGCCUCGGUGCAGCACUACUGGAAGAGAUUCCACGAGAAAAUGGAACAGGCCAAGAAGGAUUAACUCCCAGCGGAGCAAAAAAAUAUAUUAUACAACUCAAGCGAAUUCAUAAAAAAUUAAAACAAAUCGCUGACGAAUCUAAAA